AGCAUGUGAGCGGGGGAAAGGUUCAGGCAAUAGCUAUGUGUUUGCCAAGGACUGGUUGAGCUCCCUGAAUGGAAGUUGGCAGUACCUCUGGCUAAAUCGUACUUUGGUUUCAUAUUUUAGGGCAAGUUUGGCACGAGGCUGCACAAUGACGACUGAUUGGGAUUACGACUACCUGAUCAAGCUCUUGUCGUUAGGGGACUCUGGAGUGGGGAAGACCACUUUCCUCUACAGGUACACCGACAACAAGUUCAACCGCAAGUUCACCACCACAGUGGGAAUAGACUUCAGGGAAAAGAGAGUGACGUAUUUGGGGACUGGCUCUAAUGGAACGACAGAGAAGACUUUUAAAGUGCAUCUACAGCUCUGGGACACAGCAGGGCAAGAGAGGUUCAGAAGUCUCACUACAGCCUUCUUCAGAGACGCAAUGGGCUUCCUUCUUAUGUUUGAUCUGACCAAUCAGCAGAGUUUUCUGAAUGUCAGGAACUGGAUGAGUCAGCUACAGGCAAAUGCCUAUUGUGACAGUCCAGACAUAGUCUUAGUUGGCACCAAAGCAGACCUCAAAGACCUGAGAGAUGUACAAGGAAAACAAGCCAGGGACCUGGCGGACAGAUAUUGUGUACCCUAUUUUGAGACGAGCAGUGCCACAGGGGAUGAGGUAGACCAGGCAGUGACCACUCUGCUGGACCUGGUGAUGAGGCGCAUGGAGCAGAACACAGAGGGGCCUGUGUCAGAGGCUGCCAAUGGGAGCGCAGUCAUUAACAAAGUGGCCGAAACCUCCACCAGCAGGAAGUGUGCCUGUUAGGAUGUCAGCCACAUUUCAUGGACAUGUGGUUGGCUACAUUCAGAAUGAAGGACCAUUCAUUCAAAUGUGUAACUAUUGCAUCAUAGGAGUUUUAUUAUAUUGGAAAAGUUCAAUUAUCCCAUACAGUAUUUCAAGGAUGUGUAUUAUCCUCUUAUGUAAUAAUGUGUGUUUAUUUUUGAUUGAUAACUGCUGCACUGGCUAUUUAUUCCCAACCUGGUCAGUAUUAUCUUCAGUCUGUACUUGUGAUGUAUGUUAUUGAUCAGAAAUAUAAUAUGACUCGGCUUUGUGUGAUUCUAAAUGGUUAAAUACUAAUCAAAAGUGUUUGAAGAAGAGUCGCAUGUAAAAAGUAUGUUUCUUUUUUAUUUGACACAUUGAGGCAUCGAUGGAAGGAAAAUGCAGGCACAUACAUUUAUAAUUGACAAUAUAUAAUCCAAAACUGAUUAUGCAACAACUCAUUGACAGUCAUGGUUACAUUUCUUAUAUAUGAAUGAGAAAAUCUAUUAUUGUGUUACAAUAAUGCAAAGUGCAUUACAGGAUCCAUGAGUUCUACUGUAUACGACAAAGAGCACAUUUGGUACUUAAGCUUGAUUAUUACUGGAACAAAAUUGUCAUGCACAUUGAAGAAAGUAUAGAAAAUGUUAAAGAGGUCAUAAGUACUGACAGAAAAAAAUAUGAAAUUGUAUUAAAACCUAAGUCUUAAGAAUAAAUGCUGUCAUUUUAAACACAA